AUGAACGCGCCGUGGUUACUACGUGCAGCAUGCAACUCCUCGCUGCACAACCCCGACGAUGUGGUUGUGGCUGGUCUCAACCCAUCAGAAGACUACAAGACGUCGGUACUUAGCGGCCUGAGUCCAACAAUCAUCAUGGAGUGUGCCAGUCGUGGCUUGGCGUUCCAUAGCUAUCAGACGUCGCAGGAGAUCAUCUAUCAGGAGCACCUCGCGAAAGGCUUGACUGGCAAGUACGAUACGCUCAGUCAGCAGAUGGAUCAGCUCGUGCACGAUGCGAAUUCGCAGAUCAAGGCAUUGCAAGACAAGAUGCAGGCCAUGCAAGCCGAACAGGAGGAUCUCGAGGACAAAAACCAUCAACUUCAGAAAGCGUUCAAAGAGAAGACGAAAGCGCAUGCGCAGACCCAAGCGCACUACCAGCAAUUGAAAAGUAAGGUCAUGGCAACGGAGGUAGCUCAUGCUGCUGGUGAUGAGGCGGCGUACACGAUCCAGACUGCUCGUGGAGACCGGUUCAUCGACCGCCUUCCUGGCACGCGGACCGGAACGGCCAACUACAGUCAGAUAAACAUGUCGCAGCAGGCCGGUGGUGGUAGACCGCACAACAGAGACUUUAGUAGGAGUUCUGGGAGCAGUGGACGGCAGCAGCAGGGCGGUGUCCAUCUCGGGCCUCCUUUUGAUCCGCAGCUGCAGAGACGGGGAUUGGGUGUGAGGAACAAUACUGGUCGUGAGUUGUUUUCCUUUGAACGUAGAGAGCAUCGCGCGCUGACACAGUGA